AUGGACGCAUCUCAAGAUCAACCGAUGCAGGAAGCGCCCGAAGAAGUUUCCUCUACAUUACCCGUGUCCGUCGAUGAGCAACGCGCUCUGGACCUCUACGACAAGCUACAAGAACUUCGUCUGGAAAUUGCCAUCAUCAACGCGCAAAAGUCGCUACAAGGAUCGGUAGACGAGGGUGUUUCUACAGAGGAGGCUGCCGCGACCGCGCGCAAUGAGCUCUCAGACACGCGCGCCCGCUACGUGCUGCGCAACCAGAUUGUUGAUUCUGUGUUAUCCACAAACCCGAUCCUGAAGGCCGUACACAAUGGCACAGAAGCCUCACCCGUUGAGAGGGAUCUUCUGCCGUACGUACAGCAGCGUGACGAGGUGGCCAUCGCGGUGGCUAGUCUGGCCACCUUCCGAGGCAAGACGCGAGAGGAGACUACAGCACUACAAACAGAAGAGCUUCGGGCUUCAAAACAGAACGUGGCACUCGCUGCACAGGUGCUGCAACUCGCCGCCAACCUGGAGCAGAAACGUUCGGCCUACUUGGAGGACGACGGCGCACAACAGGCCAUACGUGAACUUGGCAAUGGCCUUAAGGAAAGCCGACAACGCUGGAGAAUGAUCAAAGGAGUUACAGCAGGCGUAGUUGCUGGCAGUGGCGUAGAUUGGGCGCGAGAUGAGGCACUUGGUGAGCUAGUCUUGGACCCAGAAGACAAUAUGUGA